AGCCUUGUAUUUAUUUUGCAAAGUUGAUAUCCUGUCAAAAUGAGUGCUCCAACUGUGAGUCGAAGUAAAAGAAUAAUUAAACCUCCAAGAAACAUUAGCCCGGAAACAACCCCGACAAAACGGAAGAAGGUCGUUCCUGCGACCACCGAACCUGCAGCAAAGCAAAAGACAAUAGAGCCACAGAUUACAGUGAAAGCAGAGGUAAAAGUAGAGGUAGCCAUCGAGACGGAGGAAGUGGUCAUCGAUAACCAGGAGAAACUGUCCACAGAGACCCAAGACAAAAUACCCAUAUUCAAAGACCCUACCUUUGUUCACUCGACCAAAGGAAAUGCCGGGAGUAAGAAAUCAAGAGUGUGGAAAAAUCUGAAACAAAUUGUGGCAGCUGAAAAACUGUUACCAUGGAAACCUGAUGAUGUGCCAUAUGGCUCUAUUGAUGCACCACCCUCCUUUAAACCAGCUAAGAAAUAUUCUGAUAUAUCUGGCCUUCAAGCCUUCUACAGAGAUCCAGAGACAAAACUAAGAUAUGCAACAGGAGAGGAAUUUUCCCGGAUCCGUGUGAUGACCAGUGAUGUGGUAUCUGGAUGUCUGGCUCUCCGACGAGCGAACACUGUAGUACCCUGAUGGUGGGUAAUCGCAGCAUGGCAAGAAAAGAACAAAACAUGCGGGCAGGGAUUAAUAUGGACCACUAAACGGAUUUGUAUAUCAAAGGCAUUAAAUGUGUAUGCCCUGGAGAUUUCCAAUCAAAAGAUGGUUGAUCAGAAGAAAACAUUUUCCCUGUUUAUUGAUUGGUAUGUUUCGUUGCAUGGAGCAGAGAUCCAGAUGAAUAUGUUUAAGAGUGUGGAGUGGAAACUUAGCUGUAUGGAAAUCUAGAUGGAUACUAUUAGGAGUGAAUGGACAGAAAUUUACAUUCAUAUGAUUCACUGCAGUAUAUUAAACAGAAGUCCGAGUGGAUAUGUUUCAAAAAUCCAAAUGGCUGUGUUUUACUGCACAAUAUUGGAUAUAAAUCCAGAUGGAUAUGUUUUACUCUAGAAUAUGCAACAGAAAUCCAGAUGGAUAUCUUUGACUGCAGUAUAUUGAAUAGAAAUCCAAAUGACUAUGUUUCACUGCAGUAUAUUAAACAUACAUCCAGAUGGCUGUGUUUUACUGCACAAUAUUGGAUAUAAAUCCAGAUGGAUAUGUUUUACUGCAGAAUAUGGAACAGAAAUCCAGAUGGAUAUCUUUGACUGCAGUAUAUUAAACAUACAUCCAGAUGGAUACACUUUCUAUUGUGUAUGAACUAUAGCAUGGAAGAACUGGUUUCUAUUAUUUGUUAUAAACAUUUUAAUACUUUACACAUGUCUAAUUUGUGUAGUUUUGGUAUUUUUGUUUCAGCUGGGUAUUAUUUCUGUCACCUGAGUUUAUUAAAUCUAAACUACCCAUGAGAUUGUGUGCGGUAUAUGUUCAAACAACUU